UCGGAUGGAGAGGGCUGUCAGACGAGCGUCAACUUUACUAAAACACAUUGUUACUCAUCACUCUCUGCAGAUGACUUCCAGAGACUUUACUGCUGGUAUUAUUGUGAUUGGGGAUGAAAUUUUAAAGGGGCAGACAGCUGACACAAACUCACAUUUUCUGUGCAAACAUUUAUUCACCCUUGGAGUCAAAGUGAAAAAGAUAUCUGUGAUCAGUGAUGAUCUGGAUGUAAUUGCAAAUGAAGUCAAAGAGUUUUCUUCGAGAUACACACAUGUGAUCACCUCUGGUGGAAUAGGCCCUACUCAUGAUGAUCUCACAUUUGAAGGGGUGGCUAAGGCAUUUAAUGAUGUUGUCUCCCCUCACCCUGACAUCGUAGAACUCUGUAGGCAGUUCUGGGGAGCAGAAGAUCUUUCCUCACCAAAGAUGAAACUGGCCAUGAUACCAAAGUCAGCCAGAUUGGUGUAUGGGGUGAACAAGAAGACAGGAGAGAAAAACAAGUUCCCUUUAGUGGUGGUCAACAAUGUGUAUAUAUUUCCUGGUGUCCCCUCUAUUAUGGAGAGAAGUUUUAUAGCUUUGGAGGAUUUGUUUAAGAAUCCUGAUGCUCAUUUUUACACAGAGGAAAUCUAUGUUCAGCAAGAUGAGGUAUCAAUCGCUGCUGUACUGAAUGAGGUAGACCAGGAAUUUAAAGUUGAUGUAACACUAGGCUCGUACCCAGAUUUUCAUAACAGUUAUUACAAAGUUAAAUUGAUGUUGGAGUCCAGUAAACCAGAACAGAUAUGUAAAGCUAUUGCUACAUUACAAGAAAAAUUACCUGAUGGUAGCAUUGUAGAUUAUGAUAGCCAACCCAUCAAAAAUGCAACACGUAAAGUUUAUGACUUGAUCCAGUCAAGUAAUGCUGACAAUCCUUAUAGGAACAGUGUUAAAGAGGCAGUGUCUGUAUUAGAGGAGUGUCUAGAGAAAUACAGUUUAGAUGAAAUAUGUAUUGGCUUCAAUGGAGGGAAGGAUUGCACAGUCUUACUUCACAUUUAUUAUGCAGUUGUGAAAAGAAAAUAUCCUGAUUUUCAAGGAAGGCUCAAAGCUCUAUAUAUCAAGAGCAGACUCCCAUUUCCAGAGGAAGAAAAAUUUACACAGUUAGCACGAGAUAGGUAUCGACUUGAGAUGUUGCACUUUGAGGGUCGUAUAAAAGACAGUCUCCAGCAGCUGAAAAACAAGCAUUCUGACAUCAAAGCUGUUAUAAUGGGCACCAGAAUUACAGACCCUUACUCUAGUCAUUUAGAAGCCUUCAGCAUGACAGAUUCUGAUUGGCCACAGUUUAUGAGGGUGAACCCUGUUUUACACUGGUCUUACAGACAUAUAUGGAAGUUUCUGAGAGAUUUAAAUAUACCUUACUGUAGUUUAUAUGAUAGAGGGUAUACCUCUUUAGGUAGUAUGAACAACACACACCCCAAUCCACUUUUACAGUACAUUGAUGAUCAUGGAGUGUUGAGGUAUAAACCAGCAUACACAUUGUCGGAUCCUACAAAGGAGAGGGAUGGCAGGAACUGAUCCUAGGAGAAAGAUGGUUGGAUCUGAUCCUACCAAGGAGAAGGAUGGUAGGAUCUGAUCCUACCAAGGAGAAAGAUGGUGGGAUCUGAUCCUACCAAGGAGAGGGAUGGCAAGAUCUGAUCCUACCAAGGAGAAGGAUGGUAGGAUCUGAUCCUACCAAGGAGAUGAAUUGUAGGAUCUGAUCCUACCAAGGAGAGGGAUGGCAAGAUCUGAAUUUACCAAGGAGAAGGGUGGUGGGAACUGAUCCUACCAAGGAGAAGAAUGGUGGGAUCUGAUCCUACCAAGGAGAGGGAUAGUGGGAUCUGAUCCUAACAAAGAGAGAGAGAUGACAGGGACUGAUUUUUAAUACUUCCUACAUGAGAGUUGCACAAGUGCUGGUUGUAAAUUUUAAAUUUGAAAGCAGGGUAGCAAAAACAGUACAGUUUCUAUAUUAAAUCCUUCUUUCAUAUCUUUAAACAUCACAGAAUGUUUAGACAUUUGCAUUCCAUUUAUUCAGGGACAAAGUGGUUUGUUACUUAGCAAUAGGUAGUCCACAUAUCCUUGUCUCCAAUGAAUAUACAUAUAUAACAUCUAUAUUUUAGGAUGUUUGAUUUAUCAUUUAUUGUCAUUUUUUACGGUGCUAAUUUUUUUUUGUUCAGGAUAUCACAGAUGUUUACUUAAUGCAUUAAGUAAUAUUUGGAAAUGAAGUGGUCCAUAAUUUUUUUAAAGUGUUUUUGUUUAAUCAGUUACAGUGAAAUAAUAAUGCUAAUGUCAAAAAGUAGUUAUUUAAGUGUGAUAAAUAAUCAAUCUAUUUAUAGUAUUUUAUAACUGAGGAAAUUUAUUUGUUUUGUACAGAAGGCCUUAUUCAGACCUACAGAGUAGCAUACAUUGUAUCCCUUAGUCUCCGUGAUAAAUUAAUCUAUGAUUUUUUCACUUUGUUCCCAAUCAUUAAACAGUGAACAUUUUUUUGUUGAUGAGAAAUAUUUUAUAUGGUUUUAUAAUAUACAGUUUUAUGUAUACAUGUACACUUUUUAAAGAAAA